AUGGAGGAGCCGCCGCCGCCGCCGCCGGCCCGCCCAGCAGCGAGCAUGGCCUGGGCCGGCAGCCCGGCGCCCGGCGCCCCCUCCGCGGCCGGCUCUCCUGGCGGGACGCCCUCGGCGGCGACGGCGGCCGCGCUCGCCUUCAGCACCGUGGCGACCGCGGCGGCCGCGGCGCUGGGGAACCAGAGCGACGGGAGCGGGGGCGGCAGCGCCGGCGCCGCGGGUGGCGGCGGCCGCGGCGGGCCGGGGGCGGCGGGCCCGGCGCGGGCGGCGGGGGCGGCGGGGAGGCCGCACGGCGCGGCGGUGGCGGUGCAGGCGCUGGUGCUGCUGCUCAUCUUCCUGCUGUCUAGCCUGGGCAACUGCGCCGUGAUGGGGGUGAUCGUGAAACACCGGCCGCUGCGCACCGUCACCAACGCCUUCAUCCUGUCGCUGUCGCUGUCGGAUCUGCUCACGGCGCUGCUGUGCCUGCCCGCCGCCUUCCUGGACCUCUUCACGCCGCCCGGGGGCCAGUGGCGCGGCUUCUGCGCCGCCAGCCGCUUCUUCAGCUCCUGCUUCGGCAUGGUGUCCACGUUCAGCGUGGCGCUCAUCUCGCUGGACCGCUACUGCGCCAUCGUGCGCCCGCCGCGGGACAAGAUCGGCCGGCGCCGCGCGCUGCAGCUGCUGGCGGGCGCCUGGCUGGCGGCGCUCGGCUUCUCGCUGCCCUGGGAGCUGCUCGGGGCGCCCCGGGAGCCGGCGGCGGCGGCGGCGGCGGCGCAGAGCUUCCACGGCUGCCUCUACCGCACCUCCCCGGACCCCGCGCAGCUGGGCGCGGCCUACAGCGUGGGGCUGGUGGUGGCCUGCUACCUGCUGCCCUUCCUGCUCAUGUGCUUCUGCCACUACCACAUCUGCAGGGCCGUGCGCCUGUCGGACGUGCGCGUGCGGCCCGUGACCACCUACGCGCGCGUGCUGCGCUUCUGCAGCGAGGUGCGCACGGCCACCACCGUGCUGCUCAUGAUCGUCUUUGUCAUCUGCUGCUGGGGACCCUACUGCUUCCUGGUGCUGCUGGCCGCGGCCCGCCAGGCCCAGGCCUCGCAGGCGCCCUCGCUGCUCAACGUGGUGGCCGUCUGGCUGACCUGGGCCAACGGGGCCAUCAACCCUGUCAUCUAUGCCGUCCGCAACCCCAACAUUGCCAUGCUGCUGGGGCGCAGCCGCGAGGAGGGCUACCGGACUAGGAACCUGGACGCUCUGCUGCCCAGCCAGGGCCCCGGGCCGCCGGCCAGGAGCCUCCAGCGCCUCCGGAACCGCUGCGGCAAGCGGCUGGGGGCUUGCAGCAGAAGGACCCCUUCCAACCCGGCCAGCGGGGCUGGAGCGGACGUGGCCAUGUGGGCCCGGAAAAACCCAGUUGUGCUUUUCUGCCGGGAGGGGCUCCCAGAGCCUGUGACAGCAGUGGCCAAAGCGCCCAAGCCGGAAGCCGGGGAUACCAGCUUCUAGCAAGGCCGGGGUGGACAAGUUCCACCCGCUCCGAUAAAUGACGCGGGAUCCCCGGGAGACUCGUGGGCGUCCACGAGAGAAGCCCUUAAAACUAAAGAGACAGAGGCAGAGGGUUACCGCGUCCCCGCAGCGACGGAGAAGACCGCGCCCGCUCCUUAAAAAGUGCCCAAAGGAAUGUAAAAUGCAAAAAUUAAAACCAUCGUAAACCACACAACCAAGCUUGUGCGCUCGAAGUGCCAAAAAUGACAAAAAUAAAAUUCACCAUCACUGAAAAGUUUCUGUUGCAGGAAUCACACUGUGAAACAAACAAGGAGUGGCGGAGUGCAACCUUACCUAGGGUUGCAGGCGAGACCAGAGACGCCCAGAGCCCUUGAAGGCCCCUCUUAAUCACCAGCAUUCAACCAGACGUCAGAUCGAGAACUUGCACCUCUGACACGAGCCUCGGGUGCUUAGGUCCGUACACACACCGGUGUAUGUCUCCCCACCACACCCCCCUGAUACUUGUGGGAAAUUUUAAAUUCAAAUCCUAGUUAAAGCCGUUUUUAGGAUUUUUGAAAAGGUGGUCUGUUAGUAUGUACGAUUCAGUCACCCACAGGGCAAAUACAAAUGUGGGCAUAAAGAAAUGUGGCUGUUUUUUUAAGUAUUCCCAGCCUUUCCACCCUCCCCGCCCCCACCAUUACCUGCUUCUGGAAGCUUCCAGGCUUUAAUCUUACUCUAAGCUGCUACUUUUAUUUCUGACGAUUUGGGGGACGCCAGUCAGAAUGCGUUUGCAUUUUGAAAAAGUGACAUUCAAAGCAGAAAAAAAAAAAAAAACAACCCUCUGCCUUUUGAGGUAAGUUUUAUUGUUGGGUACAGCCAACAGUGUUCAUUUAAAGCUGAGUUGAUUGAACAAGGUGAGUGACGUCACUUUUAUUAUUAAAAGACAGAGAGGACUCCGAAGUAACAGUGUGGCUGUAACAGUGUGGCUGUAACAGUGUGGCCGUAACUGUGGCUGGCUCCCCGUGUGGCUUCUAACGUCUAACGUUUGGACGCUUCCCAAGGGGAGUUCUAAAUAUAUUUUGAGAAGAGACCAUCUUCUUGAGUAACUACUGAGCAUUCCGAGAGAAUCAUACUUUCCUGCCUUUGGAAGCAUGAAUAUGUUGUUAGAAAAGAAAAUAGAUGGUUUUUGCUUUAUAGACAUGUCUGAAACAGUGUAGCCUUUAUCAGAAAAGGGGAAUUGGUGUGGUGUUAUUACAUGUAAUGGGGUAUCAAAAAACACAGGCAUAAUGCCAGAAAGAUACUUCAGGCAAACUGAAGGUACCUUCAGAAAUGUUGCAAAACAAAAUUUUUUUACAGUAAUUUAAAAGCACAAUUCAGGAUUUGUGUAUGUGAAAUUUCCAAUAUCAAAUGCCACUAUGAACAGAAUCAUCUACUCGGAACUUUCAAAGAUGGUUUGUAUAUUCUCCCUCUCCUGUUCCCUCCUGUACCCUAUCCUUUUGUUUUUCAGUGUUUCACAGCCUUAAUAAGUUUUUUAAGCUAGUUAUGACAAGACAUCAGCUAUCAUAUGGAAAUUUCAUUGUGAAAUAGCCAGCGUUUUUUCUUGUGAAGUAUUUGAAGAUGUUUAUUAAUAUUUAAGUCUUUGUGUGACAGGUGGGUAUAUGUCAUUAUUUUGUAAUCAAAGAUGGAAAUACAAUGAUUCAUG